GCGAUGUCACACUUUAUUGCCGCUCUGAAGAUGACAUCGAGGAGCUCGACUUGCCUCUGGGUGACGGCGUCUGCCUCUGCGUGUUGCGUCCAACACGAGAUGUGGGAAGCGAUUUAUUCGUACCGGACUCAGAUCCAGUUGUAGGGUAUCCUGUAGUCGGAACGUCACCCUCAUCGUCAUCGACACGGGCGCCUGGAGCGUCACUACCAGAACGAUCCGACGGUCUUCUGCAACAGUAUCUAGAGGCAGAAGCGUACGCAGACGCUAUUUCAGAGCUGACGUCCGGUAUACAGUCAAAUAUGGAGGUAGGCACUCGGGAUCCACCUUCAUCGACAUUCGAGAUUCAGCCACGAGCUCAGCGAGGGAGACGAAAGCGGCGAUCAGAUCCGAAACAGGUUGAAUCGGCCAACGCGGAGAGCCGUGGGCUAGCGGAAGCGAGAGGCGUUCCUACGGAAGAGCAGCUUGCGCGGAUGGAGACGAUAUUCUCGGUAUUGCAAUCCAUGAUGAAGUAUGUGAUGGUAUUCGAUGGCAAAAUUAACAUUUGCGCAAGUCGAUUAAACCAAAAAUCAAAAACAAUUCAAGCUGUGAUUGGCGCAAUAGAUUUCAUCGCCGUAAUAUUCAACAGGGCACAGUCCCGCAAUACGAGUACAAGAACCACACUGCCGAUAUCAUUUUCCACGCUUGGGGUAACUCCUUAAAAGCAGCUUUCGAGCAAGUGGCAGUUUGCAUGUUUUCCUACAUGACGGACUUGAAUCGCGUCGAAGCUUCCGAGUACGUCGAGUUAUCCGCGGAAGGGCACAGUCUCGAGAACCUGCUUUAUCAUUUUCUAGACGAGCUGCUCUUUCAUUUUCUGACCACUAUGCAUGUCUGCAAGUACGUAGAAGUCAUUGUCCCGCUACUGGAGGGGGAGAAUUCGAGUACAUUGGAACCCGACAUCCGCGCCGACCCAACAGCGGCGAUCAGUCCUUGGACGGUUCGAAUGCGAUGUUAUGGUGAACCCUUUCAAUCAGAAGCAGAGGGCGGCCGGCAUACGCAAGGGACAGAAAUCAAAGCAAUCACAAUGCACGAGAUGAGAAUUAAUGACAAUAGGUGUAAGCCACAAGAAGGAGUCGACAAACCCGAAGAUCCUUUUCAACCUACAGAAGAAACAAGUGAUGAAUCCAUGGCCUCAGAUUUUGUUGAUUUGUACGUUUUGGUAGACAUCUAACGAAAAGCAGAAUCCCGGC